AUAGCUACCAAGGUUUAAAUGCUGCUCCUGGGGCAGAGCAGGGGCUGUGGGGUGGGCUGCGUCGCCAAACGGUCUGGGGAGGAAUGACCUGGCUGAAAGACCUGGCUGAAAUGGGCCCGUAUCAGCCAAGGGGGUCGCAAAGACAGCGGGACGCCCAAGGAGCGGGCAACUGACCCUGAUCCAUGGGGAUCUCCGGCAGACGGGCCGCGUGAACCCAGCGGGGGUCGGACAACGGUCCGGGAUAUGACGGCUACCUGGGGCAAGAGCCGGCCUUUGGCGAGACUCAGACACUCACCGGGGCCAGUGGACCGGACGCUCCAGAGGGGCUACUCGAAGGGCUGAUCACCAACCUGCAGCAUGACAGCAGGGCCUGCGGGGGACUCGGAAGACAAUUCUUGCAUUGCCUGUGGCUGGGGAAAUUGGGGAACUGACCCCCUGAAAGCAUAGCCAAGGCUAAGGGCAGGUGGAGGCCUCACCAGGAUGCAUCACAGUGGACAAGUUUGCUGCCCCGGCUGUUUACAUGGAACUGGCUGGAUUCCCCUUGGGACCCUCCACGGAGUUAAUUAUCUCUGCAGCAUGUCGGUCAAACUCAUCCUGAUUGAAAUCUUGGAAGAGCUGAGUGAGGAUCAGUUCAAAACAUUCAAAUGGUAUCUGGAGAAUGGAGAUGAUGGCAAGAGAAUAAGCCAUCGCUAUUUGGAAAGAGCCAGCCGGCAAGAGACCAUUGACCAGAUGGUGAGCAGCUUUGGAAGCGCCGGUGCCUGGGAAAAAGCCAGGGAGACCCUGGAAGCCGUACCUAGGAAAGAUCUCGCUGGCAAGCUCAUGAAGAAAGUGCCAGUAGCGAAACAAGCUGAAGAGAGAAAAAAGGAGCCCACAGCGGAGAUGCUAAAGAAGACAACAGAGGAGGAACGCACAAAAGAAACAAUGACCAAUAGCAUUUCAAAAAUGAAGGGGGCUCUUGUCCGACAGGCCCUUACUGCCAGCCUCGAGACACUGCGAAAAGAUCAAUUUGAAAAGUUCAAAGAUGUGCUGUGCACGACACCCCUGAAGGAGCUUGUGCAGGAAGGAGAUUCUUUCCUUGACGCACCCAAUACAUUCCAGAGGGACGCCAGCCUAGAAAACCUUGUCGAGGAUUUGAUAGGCAAAUUUGGCCGGACUUACGCAUUGAGAGCAACUGCGACGGUGAUGGAAAAAAUAGGGAGAAGGGACCUUGCUAAAGAACUCCAGGGAGAAUUACAAGCCCUGCAAGUGACCUCUCAUGGACUGAGACGAAAACCGAAAGCUGGAGAACAGAGCCAGAGGACAGACGAAGAUUCCUAUUGCCGCCUUAUCUAAGAUUUUCCCUGCGCUUCAUCCUGUCACCGGCUUCCUUCGAAGAGAUCCCGGCGUUGGAAAGACACAGCGGCAAGGGCUGAUCCGAGCCCUCUAGCGAAUUAAAUAAAACAGCAAUUGCUUCCCACACCUGCCUGUGAGCAAUUCAUACUCGUUAGAGUUGCGCCUUCUCGUGUUGUGCCUGGGGUCGGAACCCCCGAAGACGGCAGGAAUGUUUCAAAGAAAAAAAAUGGUUGGUCAGCUAAAACCAGCUCCCUUUUUAAUACGGAAAUUUGUA